GCUUAAAGAUCUAUGCCGCUCCGAGCGCCUUGUUUUUGUUACUUGUUUUCACAUUACAGUCAUUGUCCAUUGAACAGCUGAAAAAAUAUUAUUUCCAUAAAAUAUUAAUCCUUAUAGGAUUCAUAUUUACUAUAACUUAUUUUCAAAUUUUUUUUACCUCAAUUUAUUUACAAGUUACAGCAGUGAUCUUUAUCGUGCAUAUAAAGGUCUGUGUGUGUAAUUUUAUACUCUAAAAACUAAACUCAGCAAUCGGCUUUCAGAAAUGGAUGUUUUAAUAUCUCUAUUUUACGUACUGUUUGCUUUAUGCAUAGUUUUCCCUCCCACGGAGUUCGUAUCCGCUGGCUUCACAAUACCGCAGUUGUUUGGAAGCUAUCUUGGUUCAGAAGAUAAUAACUUUAUUAAAUAUCAUAUGAGGAGAAUAUCAAUAACACUUUUAAUACACUCCUUUUUGCCCUUGGGCUAUGUUGUCACAUUAUGGUGUUGUGGUGAAAAGGGAGAAUGGAUGCCUUGCCUAUUUAUUGCAUCUUGUACAAUUCCUCUCAUUGCCCUCUAUAAAAUUACUUGUUGGUGGGAACAUAAUCAAAUAAAUCAUCCUGUGGUGAAAGCUCUUCUACCCUAUGCAGAUGUUGAAGGAGAUUGGAGAACAUUUGCUUCAAGCUUUAACAUAGAAUUUAGAGGCUCUAACAAUGUGUUUAUACCUUUGAAUAAUGUAAGCACAGUGAAAAUAACAGCACGCUGGAUCAUUAAAGUAUCUCAAUACAGUAUUAACCUAGUACAACAAGGGGACUGCACUUUAGUUGCUACAGCUACUGACACUCAUGACUUAGCCCCAACAGGUGAAGGUGAAAUGCAAUAUCUGAACAUUGAAGCUAUCCCAGAAAGGGAAAAUGUCAAACCUUUUUCAUUUCGUAUCUCAUCAAUAACUUUGCGGGAAUUACAGCCAAGACUGGAGCGGCCAGUUAGGGUACCAGAACACAUUUCAUUGAUUCCUCCUUUGAUUGAAAGAUUUAUUAGUGUAUUCAAGGAUCAUGUUAGACAGAACCCUGUGUAUUAUGUAGAUCAGGAGUUAGAGCAGUGUAUAGGAUGUAUGCACAAUCAGGCUGAUAUUAAGAUCAAUAAAAGAUGUGUUUCUGAUUCUUUGAAUGGGACCAGAGCACCUUGCCAACAGUGUAAUUGUAGAGUCCUUUGGUGCGCGCCAUGCAUGGCUCGUUGGUGGGCAGCUCGAGCAGGCAGCUUAUCGCCCAAUGCCUGGCUGGCAGCACGUGGCUCGUGUCCGGUUUGCCGCGCUGUUUUUUGUAUGGUCGACGUAAGCCCAGCUGAAAAAAGACGUGUCUCCCAGUAAAAAACUACGGUGCGGCGAAAUUGAGCUAACUUACUACUAUGCGUCCACCACCGUCAAACAGCAAGUCAAUACAGCAAUACACGUAAAAAGCUAAUUUGAAUCAAGUUUGAAGUCUGAAUGCUUCUCUGCCACACUUCUGAAGAUUCUCUUGAGAUUCCUAUAACAUGGGCUUAGCGGAUGGCAUGUCCUAGUUAAAUAGAGAAUAUAUAAAGAAGUGUUUUGAAUUUACUUUAUUAUUGUGUGUUCUGUUUAAUAUUGAGUUAUCGCAACAUGCAUAGAUGAGAGCACUGUUAUUUCAAUUUUUGCGGAGUGCCUAAUAAACCUGUUUAGCUUUCAAUGUCACGUAAAAAUGUAAUAGAAGUGACAGUAUACAAAGCUGAAGUACAUUUAGUAUCUAUACAAGUAUUCUAUAAUGUCUAUGGACAUUAAUAAUGCUAUAAAUAAGCUUUUAAGACGAUUCAAUUACUCAAUUAAUAUUUAAGGACUAUCUCAUGGUCAAGAAUUUUGAUUUAAUAGAGUGUAUAUCUACAUGUAUUUUUAUAUUAAACAAAAGCCAUUAGAUGUGCAGCAUACUUUUAUAGGGUUUUAUUCUACUAUAAUUACGUGUUACGAUGUUACGUCUUGAUACUAUUUUAUUACAUCAACUAUUCGGUUUAACGAAGCCAUGCUAAGUGCAGAUUUUAACAAUCGAGUUUAUUAUUUACAAGAUAUUUCCUAAUUAAAUAAGGUGUUCAAAUUUAUAUUUUCCUAUACAUUAGUUGAUAUUUUUUAUUUGUAUAAAAAUAAAAGACUGCUGGUAUCUUAGUCAAGACUACUUUACGCUAGGGUUUCAAGAAUUGGUUACGUGACCAAAUCAUCUUCACUAUGGCCAUUCUCAUUAUAUACUUAAAAAGAGUCAUAUAUAUUUCAAAGCAUGUUUAGCUAAGGUAUCGUAUAAUGCAUAAGUAAGCUGAUAUUAAACAAUUACUUUGCUACUCCCAGCUGAAUGCGUUCUUUCAAGUUUUAAGAAAUAUUAAAUGUCUUAGAAGUAGUAUUGGUGUUAGACAAUUCAAUGUUUUAUUAUCAGAUAAGUUUCAUUC